GUAGGAGGAAAGAUGGCGGCGGGCGGUGGAACGCAUGCUGUGUAGUAGCGUAUGUGUGCACUAGGGGGCGGCACCGGGUCAGACACUUGUAGUGUUCUCGGGGAAGUUGAGGUCCUGGCGAGAAGAACUGAGCUGAGCUCCCAGCAGCAGAAGCAGUAGUGGUGGCUGAGCCGAAGAGCAGACACCUGGCGGCUGUAGCUGAUCAAGAUGGCCGAGAGACCGGAGGAUCUGAAUCUGCCCAAUGCCGUCAUCACACGCAUCAUUAAGGAAGCUUGAAGGGGAAGAGGAAGACGCUGAAUGUGACGGAUGUGUUGGCGGCUGUGGAGGAGAUGGAGUUUCAGCGGUUCCUGACGCCACUGAAAGAGUCCCUGGAGGACGGGACCAGAAUGGAGAUAAAGAAGCCACCGAGUUGAGGAAGAAAGAUAAGGAAAAGAAACCUGGCUGCGACGACCCAGAUCGGAGUCGGGAAGAAGAGGUAGAGGAGGAAGAGGAAAAGAUGGAUGAGGAUGAAGCAGUGGAACAGGAGGAGGUGAUGAACUGAGGAGAAUCGUCCAUUGUGCUGGACAUUUGGGCCACAUUCCCAUGACUCGUGCCACCAGGAAGAUGUUUGGGCAGCCACCUCUCAUCUAUCAGACCUGGUAUCUUAUUCCGUCUUCCCUAUAGCUGGUUGGGGGCCACAGCUUAGGACUGAUUCAUGGCUGGGGAAUUGUUCACCUGGAGACGAGGUGUCUGCAGCCGGCUGGUAACGCUGGCACCUAGUCAUGUUUUGCUUUUUGUUAAUAAAUAAGGAGUAUAUGUUU